AUGGAUAUUAGUUUGAAAUGCAAUUCGCUCGACUGCAGGGCGGCCCUUAAUCACCUCGCCGUCGUUACAACAUGCAGUCACAUCUUCUGCACUACUUGUGCCGAUAACCUCCUCACCAAACAGGCAGCAUCUUCUCACCACCUCGGAUCAAUUGCUCCUACCUGUCCAGCUUGCCAUACGGAACUGAAGAAUCCCGACGAUAUAGUUAAGACUAAUUUAAAUCCAACUGACGACUACAAGACGUCAGUCCUUGGCGGUCUGAGCCCCAGCAUCAUCCUUGAAAUAGCCGGACGUGGGAUCAGUUUUUGGAUGUAUCAGACCACCCAAGAGAUCGUCUACCAAGAGUAUCUCUCCAAAACGUUGAUGGAGAAGUUCAAUCAACUUAGUACCCAGUUCGACAAUGUAAUCCACGAAGCCAACACUGAAAUCAGUGCUCUUCAGGAAAAGCUCAAAACCUUGACGAUCGAGAAUGAAACCAUCUCCCGCAAAAACCACGAGUUAGGCGAAGCCCUCCGUGAGAAAUCGCGAAAGCAAAUCGAGAUCCAGGAAAGAUAUGACAAACUCAAACGCAAGAGCUUGGUAUCGCAUGUUCAAACGGCAGCCACUAGUUCUGCCGAUAGGGCCUUGAACCAUGCUCUCGGUUCGUUCCAAGGCCCAUCGAACGGCCCAGCGGGAUCGGGUGGAAUAAACAACGCUCCAUAUCAGCAAGGCCAACAAGCGAGAAAUAGUGGAGCCGGCCAGUUGCCAUUUACUGAAAGAGAAAGACUGACUAUUCCGAGCGGCAUGGGGAGUAUCGAGAGGAGGGAGGGAAGCGUUAGCGAUGGGAAUAGUGAGAGUGGAAGAAGAGUCGGUACAUCCGCCUCACGGUCGCGUAUUCCAAUGAACGGAAGAGUCGGAAGCGCUGGGUUUGGAAAUUGGAAUACCGGACCGCCUAGAGAGAACAUUGCUGGUGUUAUGACCCCCAUAAAUGGUCAGAGCCAUCGCCAACGACUUGGUCUCGUCGAUGGAGGGAAUAAUAGCAUGAAUCCUUCUGGGUGUGGUAUGAUGCAGGGCUGGAAUGCAAAGCAAACAAAAAUGGGGAAUUCCAGGCAACGACAGGUGCUAAACGAGAUGCCAGCCAAUGUGGGGUGGCAUGGGUCUCGUUGA